GUAAAUUAUUUUUUUUUUUAUAAAAAAGAAGCAAAUUAUAGAAAAAAUUAAAAACGGAGCAUCUAAAUCUAUUUAUGAAACAAAUAUGAAUUUUACCCGUAAUAAAAUGAUUUUAUACAUGUUAAUCAUAGCCACCGGGAUAGAUUUUAUAUUGCCUUGGCCCGUCAUUCCUAACAAGGCAGAUACCAAAGUAGAACUUGUGCCCGCCACCCCUGUUCGACACGAAACACGUUUUUCCCGUCAAGUGGUACAGCCUACAUGGUUAAAUAUCGGCCAAGAAGCUCCCACCGAUCCUACAGUUUAUGUUAAUCCCAGAGCCUUAGAAGAGGCCGAGGAAAUACGUAGAACUAUACAAAAAGCGGUCGAAGAAGAUACAUAUGCAGUGGCAGAUCCACCAAGUGAUCCUAAUAUGCCCGAUCAAACACCACCGCCUUCCAUGCAUGCUUUACCCAACUGGUAUGUGAAUAUGCAGAAGUUAUGGCAAAAUUGGUCUCAGAAUUUAUUUAGGGGGUUUCGUCUUUAAAAGAAUAAAUAGUAUUUAUAAAAAUGGAUUUAUUCAUUAUUUUCCCGGCUGGAAUUUUUGAAUAUUUCUUUAAUGAUUUUAUAAUUUUAUACUUUUUAAAUUGUUUGGAAAUGGCAAAUUUUGUAUAUU